AUGGAUCGUGACAGUAAUGAUGAUGGACGUAUUCCUUUUAGGAGCCUUUCUUGCUACCAAGAGAUUUGUAGGCUUGCUGAUAAGGAUUGUCACUUCUCAUCAAUUCCAAGAUAUCCGCUUUUCGUGAGAGACGUGUAUGAUAUGGUGGAUGAUCCUUCAACUGAUUCAGUUGUCUCGUGGAGUGAUAGUGGCAAGAGCUUCAUCAUUUGGAAGGAAUCUGAGUUCCUAGGAGAUGUUUUUCCUAGGUGCUUUUCCUGCGAUUACAAAGAUAUGACAUCCCUCACCGCCUGGUUUAAUGCCAUGGGAUAUAGUAAAGUUGAAGAAUCUGUGCAUUGGGAAUACACAGGCAAUUAUUUGGUGAGAGGCCAGCCUCCCCACCCUACAGAUACAUCCUCACGUACUCCUGGGGGUAUUAUGAUUUCUCCAGAAGAGGCCAAAAUCAUGGAGAGGUUCUUUGCUUCCCCGAAGGCUCGCAAACAAUAA